AUGGCAACCUGGUUGAAGAAGGCAAGAAUUGGAAUGCCGCUCAAAAUGAAGCGUAUCUCUACAACUACAUGCAGGACCUCUAUGACGCAGAAACUGAGGUGUACCGGAGGCUGCAAGACAUUCAGGGCAGAGACGUUCCACGCCUCAUGGGUUGACAGAUAUGCCGACUUUCCCGCCAUCCUCUUAGAGCUUAUCCAAGGCUUUGCUUUAAACGAGCUCGCUGCACAUGCCCCAAGGGAAACUUGGCAGUACAUCUGCGAAGAUGCCAUUCGCAUUGUCAACGUCAUAGGCGAUCGAGACAUCCGCAAUGAGGAUGUCAAACCGAGAAAUUUUAUAGUACGCUGGCAGCCAGGCGAAGGAAAGUUCAAGGCGUUUAUGAUUGACUUCGCGUUGUGCAAAUUCCGCAGGAAGGAUCAGGACGAACGGGACUGGAGGGAAUGGAAAGCGAUACAAGAUGAAGAAGGCGCGGUGGGAUACGUCAUGCAGAGGUAUCUGAAUGGGGCUUUUGUCUAUCGUCGAUCAGACAAAUACUUGAGGUUGGACGAGGAUUUCAAAGCGGAGGAAAUCUAA